AUGCUUGGCAACAGCCACUGCGCGGGAAGGAAAGAGCAGGCGCAGCUUCAGAAAGCUUGGCGUUCUCAUCAGGUUGCCGAUAUCUCUUUCAAUUUCGAGAUCCCUCUACCCGUAGAGGAAUCCUCGUCAGAGGAACCCACAGGUCACGAUGAAACGUCUUCGCCAACAAAACCGCCAGAUACGGCUCUUGCUCCAGCUCCUACGGUAGAGCCACGGCCUUCAGUGGCGCCGGUGUUGACAAGACCAACUCCCAAUACGUCUGUCAAAAGGAGUCGCGGAAGCCCCCAAUCAGCAACAUCGAUAGCUGGAAUAUAUACACAGCCCCAGCCGCCACAACCACGAGCUACGAGCCCUUCAGCUGCGUCAGCUCAGUCACGCUCCCCCGAAACGAACGAUAUUUCUCCCCGCAGCAGCAAAGAAGCACAUGCCGUCAUAAACGAGCUACCAACACGAGAACGCCCCUCUGGUCUACGACGCAGUCCUCCCGCGCGGGCGGAACAGGGGCAAGCGUCCGCGACAUUGCCUAUAGUCGAUGAACGCUCUAGUCCAGCCCAGAAACAGUCGGAUCAACAGUUGAAAUCACCAGAGCAACUGCCACAACCACAGCCAAUAAGCAGCGCAUCGAAAGCACAUCGCCGGCCUCGCUAUGUUUCCCCGACUGCUCUGACGGAAGAGGUGGACGAAAGCCCGGCCGAUGCUCCAGGAUGCGGAAGACGUCGACCACUACAGGUUGGCGAACCCGGGAGCGCAGUCCAUGGGUCCAGCGCGUUACUCCAGCGGGUUCUGGAGGACUUGGACGACGGGACUGAACAAGUGCCAGAGCAAUCUUCUCCGCUUGAGCGUGCGGCAUCACGGAAGAGUGGGGAACUAUUUGCUAAGAGGGUGGCAGCGGAAACGCGGAGGAGCACAAGACUCUCGGGCAGCAGUCCGCCUCAAAGUGUGGCGAGCCAAGAUCUAGGGGAAGAGCCCUCGCCGUCAAAGGCAGCGCAGCGAGGCGGGACGGAGAGGGAGGAACACCAAGGGUCAGAGGCAGGGGACAGACAAUCAGAUACCCGCAGUGACGAGCGUGCAGAAGACGGCGGCGUCGAAACCGAGCGCCCCAGCAGGCAGACGAGGAAGAAUAGGGACCAGGAAGACGAGACUGAAAAGGCUCAGGAAAUCAGCGACAAGGAAGCUGCUAGAAUUAUCGGCCGAAAGCGUCCUAGACGAGCUGUUCCUACACCAUCCCCGCAGCCGGAGACCAGACCAUCUGAGGAGGAGCCUCAGCCAAAGCGACGCCGCAGACAAGCUGAGCCAGCUGAUACGACCCAACCAAAACAAACCAAAAUACAAAGAGAAAGGGUUCAGCGCGCGCCCACUCCGGUACCUAGCCCUCCUAAGAUACCACAGAAGCAACAAAAGCAACCAAAACAACCCACCAGCCGCAAACCUACCAUUCAGAAUCCCCCAAAGCCGAAAAAGGGCAGGAAGACAACCAAGAGGGAUGGUGCAGAGGACGAGGGAAGAGGAGAGAAGGCGGAAGUCGUUUCAAUUACCGUCCAACGCUUCACAAAGCCUCCAAGAGCUAGCGACGGCCCCGACGAACUCAAUGCCAGUGUUCUCAACGCCGAGAUUCCAUUUGCUAACAGAGCCGGCGUCAACGCUAUCGAUGUCCUCUCCGAACUAUGCGAGGGUCUUAUUGCAGGUUUCCUAGCCAGGCUGGAGGAACGCGCCCAAGCCGCGGAUGACCCAGCAACAAAGAGGGAACAAAAGACCAAGUUCCGGACUAUGGAAGCGUUCCAGGAGGAGCUGAGGACCAGGCUGCUGGAACACACCAUUGCUCUUGAUACACUCCACGCGUUGCGCAAACGGGUGAAGACGGUGCAGAAGGAAAAGCUGGGGUUGAGAGAGGAGAUCUUGAGGAUACGCGCCGAGAGAGAUCAGGUUUCGCUGAGGAUGGAUGCCAUAAGGAUUAAGCACGAGGUGGAUAGUAAGGAGGUUUUGCGACACACAUCGCUCUCUUCUGCCAUGCAUGACAUAGACCUCGCGGUGGAAAGAGGCCAGGCAGCUCCCGACCUGUCCCCAACGGAGCAGAAGAUGGCAGGCCUGGCGAAUCUGGAAUUCCUCAUCAGUAGGGUAUCGGGCGAGGUAUGCAACAAGGGUAACGACGGUGGGACAUUAAAGCAGAUCAAAGAUUUCAAUGCGUUUUUGGAGCGAGCGGCUAGUGUUUUAGAGGGCAGGUAG